CAUGAAUGUAAUCAAGUAAAGAUAAAAAAAAAAAGUAUUUCAUAUAAAAUUUAUUAUGACUCUAAAUUGAUUCCGAUUUUCUAUAUACAAUUGCACCUUAUCCAAUCAAAUGAAUCCUUUACUUUUUAUUUUUUUUUAUUUUUUAGUAUAACAGGGUGGUCCAUAAACAGGAAUAGCAAAAUAAAAUAACAAAAACCUUUCUCCUUCCCCUCUUUUUUCUUCAUUUACAUAAAUAGAUAGCAAUGACUCAACCACAUGACAAAAACAAUGAAGCUUUAAUAGAUAAAGUCAAAGAAGGCAAAGUCGAUUCAUUAGAAAGCAGCGCACGUUAUCUUGCUUAUGGUGCUCGUUUACGUACCGCUUUAGUGGCCUCUUCUCGCUAUUUAGCAUAUACAUCAGAUGUGGGUGAAGCAUUUCGACCGAUUGUUCCUCCUGCUAUUGUUACAGCUGCAUAUGGCAUUAGUUGGCUUUAUUUAGGUUUAGAUGUUGGUUAUGAGGGUUACAAAUCGGCACAUGCUGGACAAGAUAAAGGAGUUGUUGCAACAACAGUUGUAAAAAGAGGUCUAUUUCAAUCUUUGGCCUCGAUGGCUUUCCCAAUGUUGACUAUUCAUUCCAUUGUCAAAUAUAGUGCUUAUGGAUUUAAAAAUGUAAAGAAUCCUAAAGUGAAGGCCUGGGGUCCUACCCUUUUAGGUCUUGGCAUCGUCCCCUUCUUGCCUUACAUAUUUGAUGAACCUAUUGAACACAUCGUGGAUAAAAUAUUCAAACCUAUUGAAGAGAGAGUGUCUCCAAAUCCUGUUUCUCGAUUAGGUCAUAAUAAACUUGGAGAUGAUUUACCUACUGAACAACAAAUUUUAGCUAAAGAGCAAUUAGACAAGAAAAAUCAAUAAUGAUAACAACAGCAA